CAACAUCUCCCCCACUUUUAUGCCCCAAAAACCGAUCCAUGAUCAGUUUACUCAGUCUUAAUCCUAACCUUUGAUUCUUUACGUAAAGGUUUUAGCUGAUCCAAGAUCGGUGUGUGGGCAUGGUCGUUGGACAUCCCGGAUCCAUUCAUACGAAAUGAUUGUCACCAGAAUGAACAAGUGAAUGCUGUCACAGCUGUAAGGGAAGUGGAUAGUGUCCAAUAGUUUGCAGCGGAGAGGCGGGGACAGUGGGAGAGAUUGGCAAUCACGUUGCUAGCCAAGGGUUCAUUCUGGCACUGCAUCGAGCAAGAACGUUCUAGAGAUACCCUAUUUUGAGGGCGUCUCGAAUUUCCCAGAAGGAUUUCAUUACCCCUCGCCGCAAAGGCCUGACUCUGCACUCUCGGCACCCGCUGCUGUUGCCGUCCUGCUUCCCUUUCCAGUACGACCCAACCAGCAACUAAAACACAAACACUUCACUGCGUCUCAGGGCGACCAGCGGUGUGUUUAUGUCUUUAUUUUGCGAAAACGAGCUGUUGCGCAGCUGUUGGAACCUGUGUGGGGGAAACAUAGCCUACAAGCGAGGAGCUUGCAGCCUCAGUGGCGAAGUCUUUUUCAUGUCAGAGACCGAGUACGAUUACAGUCGUUUAUGUCAUCCACUCUUCUCCAGACAGAAGAUACCAAAAAAUUGCAAUCCAAGAUCUUUUUAUCUUACUGAUAAAGCCAAUAGUGAGCCAAAAUGUCUGUCAACGUCAACCGCAGCGUAUCAGACCAGUUCUAUCGCUACAAGAUGCCCCGUCUGAUUGCCAAGGUGGAAGGCAAAGGAAAUGGAAUUAAGACGGUUAUCGUCAACAUGGUUGACGUUGCAAAGGCAUUGAAUAGGCCUCCAACGUAUCCCACCAAGUUUUUUGGUUGUGAGCUGGGUGCCCAGACCCAGUUUGAUGCCAAGAAUGACCGCUACAUUGUCAAUGGAUCUCACGAGGCGAAUAAGCUGCAGGACAUGCUGGAUGGAUUCAUCAGAAAAUUUGUGUUGUGUCCUGAGUGUGAUAACCCUGAAACUGAUCUGCAUGUCAAUCCCAAGAAACAAACCAUAGGCAACUCCUGUAAAGCCUGUGGCUACAGAGGCAUGCUCGACACCAGACACAAGCUGUGCACAUUCAUCCUUAAAAACCCACCAGAGAACGAUAGUGGAUCUGUCAAGAAGGAGAAGGAGAAGAAGAACCGCAAGAAAGAUAAGGAGAAUGGUUCUAGCAGUGGAGAAGCUGGAAACCACAAUGACAUCGACGCGCCCGAAGCCGUGGACGGUGAUGAUGACGACGAAGACUGGGCUGAGGAGACUACUGAGGAGGCUCAGAGGCGCAGGAUGGAGGAAAUCAGUGACCACGCAAAGAACCUGACCCUUACUGAAGACCUGGAGAAGACCCUGGAAGAGAGGGUCAACAUGUUCUACAACUUCGUUAAGCAAAAAAAGGAGGACGGAGCGAUUGACACUGCAGACAAGGAGAUCCUGGCGGAGGCGGAGCGCCUGGAUGUGAAGGCCAUGGGCCCCCUGAUCCUGAGCGAGUUGCUGUUUGACGAGAACAUCCGCGACCAGAUCAAGAAGUACAAGCGCCACUUCCUGCGCUUUUGCCACAACAACAAGAAAGCCCAGAAGUACCUGCUUGGUGGCUUUGAGUGCCUGGUAAAGCUGCACCAGGCCCAGCUGCUUCCUCGCGUGUCCAUCGUGCUGAAGGACCUGUAUGAUGCAGACCUGCUGGAGGAGGAUGUUAUCCUGGCCUGGGCUGAGAAGGUGUCCAAGAAGUACGUUUCUAAGGAGCUUGCCAAAGAGAUUCACGCCAAGGCUGCUCCCUUCGUCAAAUGGCUGAAAGAGGCCGAGGAGGAGAGUGAGGGCAGCGAUGAAGAAGAAGAUGAAGAGGAUGAAAAUCUUGAGGUGGUGUACUCCCCUUCUGCCCGUGAGCUGAAAGUGGAGACUGUGAAACCAGAAAAGGCUGACAACAAGGAGGAAGAUGACAUUGAUAUUGAUGCCAUUUAAAAGCUGCCAUUUUGCGCUUUGCAAAGCUUAAACCUGUCGUAAAGUAGAUCUCACAGGGCUGGAGUCCAGCUAGCUUUCCUCUCCCUGCUGCUGUGGCUUGGUUAACAUAGUGCUUUGCUAACUGCAUCACAAUGUAAUGCUUGCUUUGUUGGAAUACUUGAUGUAUUCAAUUUAAAAGAUUACAGUCCUCUUUAAGUUAAUAGGGGUUAUAGUCAUAGUUAUGAAUUUUAAAUAUUGGGUUAUGGGGUACUAACUGCACAUGAAUUUUGUCUUGUUUUCUCUUGUAUAUU